UUCAUUAGAACUCCGACAAUAAUGACGUUAAAAAAAAUUACCGUCAAAGAAAUAUAAGGUUCCGGAUGUUUAAAAACCGUUUGCCUAAUACAUAAAAUUAAGAAAAAAACUUACUUUAAAAAAUGACAAAUAAAACUUAAAAAUAUAAUCGAUUAAUUUAAAAUUUCUUCGUCACUAAAUUUAUUUUGGUUGUAAAAAAAAAAAAAACAAAUGCGCUAGGGAAAUGUGAACACCGUGGAACCCAAGCGAAAAGUGAAAAGGUACGCAGCACGUUUUGCGGCGGCCAUUUACUUCCGAUUUCCAUGUUCCCGCGAUCACACGUCUCGGGCGUCGAGAACGAAACGCAAAAAAAAACAACAAAAAAAAAUGUACCAGUGACAGUGCGCUAAAGAACAGACCGGAUGGCGGGAAAGAAUUUCAAAAUUCGAAGAAGACGCGCCAAUAUGGCUUCCUAUGUUUUGAGUUUUGUUUUUUUCGUGUGCUUCUAUAACGUGUCCGCUGAUGAUAAUGACGUUUUGACUCUAAACGACUUCGAUAGUGAUGUGGUCGAGGACAGAAGGCGACCGGUUAACGAACAGGAAAAGGAUAUUUUGUUGUUAGACGCUUUGGCGAGAAGGAAGGGCAGCUAUCACGGUCAUUACGGGAACUCUCAGGAGGACGAUUCCAUUAUGGAUCUCUUAGGAAAGAUGAUCCCGCAAACCUGCAAGCAUCGCGGCGCGAGAUACCCGUGCGGGCUGAGCAUAUCCUGCGUGCUCGGAGGCGGGAAGCCGCUGGACCUGUGCUCCGGCGGGAUGAUCUGGGCGUGCUGCGUCGAUCGAGACACAACCGAACGACCCACGGAAACAGCACCGGUCGUGCACAACGCCAGUGACCUCAUAGAACUAAUCGGUUCAUUCCCACACGAGAACUACGAUUACCACACAAACACGAACCAAUUCGACGAACCGGUUGUAGUUUAUCCGGAGCAAGAUCGCCCGAAGCCGACGAGGCCGAAACCGGUCACGAAACCGGACUGGCACACACACUAUUUUCACGUUAAGCCUACUUACAACGAGGUCACCACUUCGAAGCCCUUCUACACACCAACACACAACGGUGAUGAUGAUUAUGUGCAAGUUUACACGAACGGCAACCAGCCGGGUUCGAGUCAGCCGGGUUGCGGAGAGCAUUUCACCCGUUCGAACCGUAUCGUUGGGGGUCAUUCCACCGGCUUCGGCUCCCAUCCGUGGCAGGCUGCCCUGAUCAAGUCAGGUUUUCUGAGCAAGAAGCUGGCCUGCGGUGGAGCCUUGAUAUCUGAUCGAUGGGUGGUGACGGCCGCCCACUGCGUUGCUACAACUCCAAACUCUCAACUAAGAGUUCGUCUCGGCGAAUGGGACGUGCGUGAUGCGGGCGAGAGGUACUCCCACGAGGAGUUCUCGGUGCAGAGGAAGGAGGUGCACCCGUCUUACGAGCCAGCAGACUUCAGGAACGACGUGGCACUAGUACAGCUGGACCGAGGAGUUGUAUUCAAACAGCAUAUUCUGCCGGUGUGCCUGCCACAAAAGCAGAUGAAGCUCGCUGGUAAGAUGGCGACAGUGGCGGGCUGGGGCCGGACCAGACACGGUCAGAGCACCGUGCCUUCCAUUCUACAGGAGGUGGAUGUGGAGGUGAUCCCCAACGAGCGUUGCCAGCGCUGGUUCCGCGCGGCCGGCCGCCGGGAGACCAUCCACGACGUGUUCCUGUGCGCCGGCUACAAGGAGGGAGGCCGAGACUCCUGUCAGGGCGACAGCGGGGGGCCACUGACUAUGAAGUACGAGGGGCGAAGCACCCUCAUCGGCCUCGUGUCCUGGGGCAUCGGCUGCGGCCGGGAGCACCUGCCCGGAGUCUACACUAACAUACAGAAAUUCGUUCCCUGGAUCGAUAAACUCAUCAAUACGUAGCUCGAUCUAACGUUAACUGGUUAGAGGGGCCCAUGGACAUCAUUACAUAAAGGCCGUCAGCAGCUGUCCUACCCUUCGACCGAGGUUCAUCACAUCAGAUAGUGAGACGUGUAGGCCCCCAUAGGGUCCACUGACAGCUCCUUAUUUGAUCUCAAGAUUCAAAUCAGCCACUAACUACAACUUAUACAGACUGUAGUGAAGAAAACCAUUUAAUUUUUCUUAAUGAAAUAGUUAAUUUUGAUAUUUGAGCAUAUUGAGCAUUCUAGUGAUGCUUUUUGAAAAGUCGGUUUAGAGCAAGCAGCAAGUAGCAUGGAGUAGGGGAAUCUCCCAGUUUAAUUAUACUGUGACAAAAAUUAUGAAAAAAAUAAUAAAACAAAGGUAAUCAUAUCCCGAGGAUAUUUAGGAAAAUUCGCUCCAUAAUCUGGUAACAUUAAAAAUUGCAGUUUAUUAAAAUUAAUAGAAGUGGCAAAUUUAAUAAACACAAAGUGCUCGCCUAAAACAAAAACAAAAAAAAAUAAUCUACCGAUUUUUAUUUAUUCACAGUUAAUGAAAUUAUGAAUGAAUGUCUUAAAUGAGAAUCUUUGUUGUUUAUGUUAAAGGACCAUACCUUUUAAAAGUCCUGAAUGAAUAUAGUGGGAUCAGGUUGGCCCAGCAGUGGGGCGCUAACAGUUUGUUAAAAAAUACAGGGUACAUACAAAAUAUGUAUAUUGUCAAUGUACAUAAGUUAUUUAAUUUUAAUAAAUCAUUUUUACAGCUACAAACGUAAAAAUGAUGUUGGGUUUUUUAUUUUAUUAAAUUCAUAAAGUCAAAUUGAAAAUUAGUGAAAGGAUUACAUUAUUUUGAUGUGCACAAAGCAAAGGAUCAAGUUAGGUAUACUAUAGCAAAAACGAUAUAGAACAAACAAGAAAUUUAGAUAAAGCAAGCAAUUAAUUUAAAUCAAGCAAGCAAUUUUGAUCAAGCAAGCAAUUUAAAUAAGCAAGCAAUUUAAAUCAAACAAGCUAUUUAAAUUAAGCAAGCUAUUUAAAUAAGCAAACAACUUAAAUAAGCAAGCAAUUUAUAUCAAGCAAGCUCUUUAAAUCCAACAAGCUAUUUAAAUAAGCAAACAAUUUAAAUAAGCAAGCAAUUUAAAUCAAGCAAGCUCUUUAAAUCCAACAAGCUAUUUAAAUAGGCAAACAACUUAAAUAAGCAAGCAAUUUAAAUCAAGCAAGCUCUUUAAAUCCAACAAGCUAUUUAAAUAGGCAAACAACUUAAAUAAGCAAGCAAUUUAAAUCAAGCAAGCUCUUUAAAUCCAACAAGCUAUUUAAAUAGGCAAACAACUUAAAUAAGCAAGCAAUUUAAAUCAAGCAAGCUCUUUAAAUCCAACAAGCUAUUUAAAUAAGCAAGCAGUUUAGAGCAAGCAAGUUACUUAGAGCAAGCAAACGAAAUUGUUCUAUAUAGAUUAAAUAAAUAAUUACGACCAAGUAAUUUUGACGAAGUAAAUAAAAUUUAAUUCAAACAAAAAUAAGUCUAAACCCCAGCUCGAAUGGGUCGUUACAUCGGGCUUGUCUAUUUCUAACAAAGCAUGACGUGAUAGUUAUCUCUUCUUGAAUUUUUUAAAGUGUAAAUAAAAGCAAGCAAAACUUGUGGUAUUGUGUAAAUAGUUAAAUUAAUUAAUAUAUUAUUCCAGUUUAAGUGACCCAGAAAACGCGGUCAGUUAAAAUUUCAUUUAUUUUAUCAUAAAAUCUGCCCUGGUUUUUAAAUUACCCAUGUUUUGGAUGUGGUGUCUGUCAGUCAUCAGAUAAUGAAGUAGGAUCACUUACUGCUCGAACGUUUGUCUGUUUGUCUAUGGAAAAAACCAAUUCAUUCCCAAUCCAAUAUACUCUAUUUCACAUUUAUGAAAUUUCGACCUCAGAAUUAGAAAGCCUUAGAAUUGUCAUUUUGAUUUUUAGUGCUAAUAUCAUAAUGAAAGCUCUAUGAGUUUUAAAUAGUAAUUGGAUCUCACAGAUUUACAGUUCUAGGAGAAAAAUAAAUUAAUGAAGUUAAGAUAUACAAAUACAUUUAAUACAUUUUGGUCUGUACGUUUGUAGAGCUAUUUAUUUUUAGAUGUAACUUUUAUACAAAUGUUUUUUUUUUGAUAAUAAAUUAUUUUUAUAAA